AUGCUUUAUAAUAUAAUUAUUUUAAUUUUUUAUUUAAAACUUUCUAAAUGUUACUCAAAAAACAAAUAUGGUUUCAUAAAUAUAAAUAAUUUUUCGAAUAUUACCAAUAACAAUAAAAAUUUAAGAAGUAAAAAAAAUGCCAUUUAUUCCAAGAUUGAAAUAAAAAUGCCCGCAUUAUCAAGUACAAUGACAUCAGGAAAAAUUGUUAAAUGGAAUAAAAAUAUAGGAGACUAUGUUAAUCUGGGUGAUAUUAUUAUGACAGUUGAAAGUGAUAAGGCAGAUAUGGACGUUGAAGCAUUUGAUGAAGGUUUUUUAAGAGAAAAACAUGUAGAUGAUGGUUCAGAAGCUAAUGUUGGUGAUACCUUGGGAAUUUUAACAACAGAAGAAAAUGAAAGCAUAAAUGAAGAAAAUAAUAAUAUUGAUAUAAAAGAUAAAAUGAAAGAUGGAAAAAAUGAUGAAAAACAAAUAAAAACAAAUAUAAAAAAACAGGAAGACAAUGCAAGUGAAGUAAAAAUUUAUAUUCCAUUUAUUAUGAGUAAAAAAAAUAAAGCGAGAAUAAAUAAGUGGCUAAAGAAAGAAAAUGAUUUUAUAAAAAAAAAUGAGGUAUUUUUUCAUGUAGAAGAUGAUAAAAGUACAAUAGAAGUGGAAAGUGAAUAUUCUGGUAUUGUUAAAAAAAUACUAAUUAAUGAGGGAGAAUUUGCUGAUUUAAACAAGGAAGUUGCUAUCAUUUCAGUAAACAAGGAAGAAAAUAAAAAAAAGGAAGAAAAAGAUACUUUUAACCAAUCCAAGGAAAAUGAACAGAUAAAUGAAAAUAAUGUAUUAAAGCAUUAUAAAAAUAUAAUUAAUAAUACUAAUGAGGGAAAGCUUUUUUUGAAAAAUUUAAAUUCACAAGAAGAAAAAAUGCUAGAAGAACGACUUAAGCUAAAUUUUGAGAAAUAUAAUCACACUUCAAAUGAUCUUUUCAGAUUACCUGAAUCUAGUAGCCAUAACCCAAUAACUAAUGAAAAACAUUUAAAUAUGCAAAUUAUUUUACCUUCUGCAUCUGAGCUUAUGAAGCAAAAGAAAAUAAAUCCAAACGAUAUAACGGAUACACAAACGCUUAAUCGAAUAACUUAUGAAGAUGUGGAUAAUUUUUUAAAAAAAAAAAUUUCCGUUAAAGAUCCUUCAAUAGAAAAAAAAAAUGAACAAGCUGUUGAACACAAGGGAAAGGUAAUUGAACUGACUAGUAUUCAAAGAGCAAUAAAAAAUAAUAUGAUGCAUACAUUAAAUAUCCCAGUUUUCCGAGUUACACAUUUAAUAAAGACGAAUAAUUUACUUAAAUUAUAUGAAAGAAUAAAACAUAAAAUCAGUAUGAGUGUUAUAUUAAACAAAUGUGUAUCAAAUAUUUUAUUAAAGCAUCCAAUAAUUUAUUCAACUUAUAUUGAUGAGGGUAAUGGAAAAAUAAUUUAUCAUGAAGAUGUUAACAUUGGAAAUGCAUUAGGAUUAAAGGAUGCACUUUUAACACCAGUCCUUAAACAAGUUGAUAAAAAAAAUAUAUAUUCCUUAUCUCAUGAGUGGAAGGAGUUAAUUGAGAAAGGAAAAAAUGGUUUAUUAACUGCAAAUGAUAUGACUGGUAGCAAUUUUUACAUUUCAAAUUUAGGUAUGUUUAAUACUUAUCAGUUUGAUGCUAUACUUCCAAAAAAUGCUUCUUGCAUUUUAUCUAUUGGUACAAAUAUUGGUAGUAUUGAAAAUUUUGAAGAUUUAAAAAUUCAGAAAGGGAUGAUGAUGACUUUAACUUGUGAUCAUAGACAUAUAUAUGGAGCUCAUGCAGCAGCUUUUAUGAACGAUUUAUCAAAAUUUAUUGAGAAUGAUAUUAUGGAAAUAUUUUUAUAA